AUGAAGGGCAUGAUGCAGGAGGUGAAGGAAGGCACGAAGGAGAAGGUGGAGGGAGCCAAGGCGGGGCUUAAGGAGUCCAUGGAGUAUGCCAAAGCGGACAUGAAGCAGACCUUCGAGAAGCUCAAGCACCCCAUGAACAGGGAGAAGAAUUUGGAGGCUCGUGAUGAGUCGUUUGAGAGGAAGCUGGAAGCAACGCGGGAGAAGCUGGAGAGGAAGGAGAUCGCCCACGAGCGACGCCAGGAGGUCACUGAAGAGGCACUUCACAAGGUGCAUGCCUCCAAGGUGGAGAAGGAGGCGGAGAAGGGAACGGCUCAGCACGAGGUGACGCCAGGUGCUGCCGGAGCAACUGCUGCAGACGUAGGUGCCGCUGGCGCUGCUGGUGCUGGCGCUUACGGUGCAAGCCACGAGCGAUAUGGCCACACUGGCACUGGCUAUGGUGAGACUGGCACUGGUUAUGGUGUGAGCCAUGAGCGCGAGCGUGGGACUGGAGGUGAAGGCGUCAUGGGGAAGGUGAAGCACGCUGUGGCUGGAGGGGGUACUGCUGGUGAGCGCCAUCCUGGCCCUGGUUAUGGUGCUGAGAGUGGUGCAGCAGGGACAGGAGGUGGUGGUGUUGGUAUCUUUGGGACGAUCAAGAAGGCAUUCACAGGAUCAAGUGAGCCCACGGCAGAGCGUCCUGUCGAGACUGGACGCACUGGCACUGCCGGGCAGCAAGAGUAUGAUCCAACUGCUCCUGCCAGCUUAUCCAUUGGCUCCCGAGUGGCGGGUUUCGCGGGUCUCUGCGUCGCCUCAAAUCAGGACGAGCAGGGCGGUAAGCGUCGGCGACGUGGCGCACGCAGAUUCGCCGGACUGGUGCUGGUUUCGUCAGCCGCCGCUACAGCCACACCCGCUACAGCGACCCCUGCUACAGCUGCUACAGGCGAGAAGAAGACCUGCUGUGGAGGGAAGAAGCCGAAGGUCGAGGAGAAGAAGAAGAGCUGGCCCCAGAUCAUCCUAGAGGGAGCGGUGGCAGGAGGAGCAGCGGGAGUGACGGUAGAGACAGCUCUGUACCCGAUUGACACCAUCAAGACUCGCCUGCAGGUGGCCACCUCGGGAGGCGGCAUCAACUUCAAGGGGCUCUACUCGGGUCUCUCUGGCAACCUCGUUGGUGUGCUGCCGGCGUCAGCCAUAUUCAUAGGCGUGUACGAGCCGGUCAAGGCCUACCUCCUGAACGCCCUUCCUGAGAACAUCAGCGUUGCCGCUCACCUGGCAGCAGGAGCAGCGGGAGGCACCGCAGCUUCUCUCGUUCGAGUGCCCACUGAGGUGGUGAAGCAGCGCAUGCAGACGGGGCAGUUCCCCACUGCAGUCAACGCUGUCAAGACCAUUCUCUCAAAGGAGGGAUUCAGGGGGCUCUAUGCGGGUUAUGGCUCCUUCCUUCUGCGAGACCUGCCAUUUGAUGCCAUCCAGUUUGCCAUCUACGAGCAGCUUAAGAUCCAACUCAAGAAAACGCUGAAGCGGGACCUUAAGGAUCCAGAGAUGGCAGUGGUGGGGGCAAUCUCAGGUGCCAUCACAGGCGCUGUCACCACUCCCCUUGAUGUCAUCAAGACUCGGCUCAUGACCCAGGGGACAUCUGGCCAAUACAAGGGCAUCAUUGACUGCAUUCAGAAGACAGCCGCACAAGAUGGAGCUGGCGCUCUUUUCAAGGGUGUUGGCCCCAGAGUUAUGUGGAUCGGUAUCGGAGGGUCAAUCUUCUUUGGAGUUCUUGAGAAGACAAAGCAGCUCAUGCACAAGGCAUACCACACACCUCCCCCAUCAGAAGCGUAUUUCUAA